AAUUCAUUCGAGUCGUGUUAAGGUGUCGUGUCCUAAAUUAUCAGCUGGAGCAUGUGAGGGUACUGGGUGGAGAGCAUAACACAAGUGAAACCGGCUAUGGCAAGACUCUCGCCACCGUCCUCUCACCCCCUUCUCCACCACUUCCUCCGCCCUCCGCCGCCCUCUUCUCUCUCUCCUCUUCUCCCUCCUCCCUUCCUCUUCAAAUCCAUCUCCCCCCGUCCCCUCCGCACGCCACAGUUUCACCCCACCUCCUCCUCCUUCAUUUCUCUCUCUUCCCGCCCCCUUCUCUUCCCCCCUAUCCACUCUCUCUCUACCCUCAGACUCACAACCCAACCCAAUUGCGAUGAUGAGGAGCUUGAAUUAGAAAGUGAGGGUUUGGGUUUGGAAAAAGAAGAGACCUUUUUCACAACCCAACUCAAUUCCGAUGACGAGGAGCUUGAAAUUGGGAAUGAGGAUCUGGGUUUGGAAAAAGAAGAGGACUUUAGCCUCGUGGAAGAGAGGGAUUUGGAUUCUUGGCCUCCUCCUAGGGCUAAGGAGUUACUGGGUGUAAAGUUGCCGGUUCUUUCUGUGAAGGAAAAGAAAGACUUGUCUUCUUAUGCUCACAGUCUGGGGAGAAAGCUCAAGUCUCAACAGGUGGGCAAGUCCGGCGUGACUGAGUCUGUUGCCACGGCCUUGAUUGAAACCCUAGAGAAAAAUGAGCUUCUCAAGCUUAAAAUACAUAACAACUGUCCCGGGGAAUUAGAUGAUGUGGUGAAGCACUUAGAGAAGGCAACUGGGUCUUUGGUAGUAGGUCAGAUUGGUCGAACUGUGAUUCUCUACAGGCCCAGCCUAACCAAGUUGAAGGCAGAGGAGAGGAUGGAACAGGCACGAAAGGUUUUCAGGAGGAAACAACUAGCGCGUAAACUCCCAUUUGAGGAUAAAGUGCAACGACCAAAACUAACUGCGCGUGGUCGCCGAGGAAGUAGCAGAUUUUCGAGCUCUCCUUCAUAACUGCCAAUACUAACGUGUCUCGUGUCAAGCAUCCGCCCACUGCAUGUAACAGAAAGAUGGCUAUCAUUGGAAACAUUGCUAAUGAGGACGUAUGUCCAUUUGGUCUGUUACGCUGGCAAGAUCAAUUUCAAGGUUUAAAAAUCUGAAAAGCUGAGGCAAUCGUGAAUAAGUAAGAAUGUUGAUGAAGCUAGAGAGUGUGCUUGUACCAAACGCAGGAAGUGGCAUCCCAUGAUUCUGUAUUUUGAUGAAAUUUUAUUCUGGUGCCUCGUUAUGUGAAGAAACAAAGGAAUGAGUAUGUUUUGUUUGCUUUAAAAUUUGCAAAUAUCAAUUUAACUGGCAAUUGGGAAAUGCUUGUUUCUUCAAUUGCCUCGAAUCCAAA